AUGGCCGAUCUCCCCGAUGAUCAGGCUGGCGUUCCAGGGUCAUUGGACUCUCUCCUGCCUUGCGAUGCAUGCCGACGGAGGAAGGUCAAGUGCUCUAAGACCGAGCCAUGUGACAGAUGUGUCGGUGCGGGCCUAAGAUGCACAAGGGACAUUGCGCGCAAGAAAAGAGGCCCCAAGAAGGGCUCCGGCUCUGUCAUUGCCAGACUGCGAGAUGAGACUCUCUACACGUCCGCCCAAGAUCUUGCCUUGCCAGCAUUUGAUCUCUCUCAGCUGCAAUUACAGAUGCCCUCUUUGACCAGAACCAUGUCGGGCGAUAGUCCAUUGGACUCACCUCUUACCUCUCCCACCACCUCGCAUUUUAGCGAUGCCCUUGGCCCUACCUCUGACCCAGCCAACGUUCCGAGAUCUGUACCACUAGGAAUGCAAAACGGUACUGAGUUCGAGCCCAAUGCUUAUUCUGCCUUCACCCAAGCCGGCAUCCAACUUCCUGCUUCAUGGCAGAUGCAACCAUCUGAGCAACUCCUACUCCAGGCCCCAAUUUCACCAAACGGCUAUCUAUCUGUGAGCGACCUAGCCCAGCAGAUCUUCCCAGAGCAGAUGCCCACAUCUGCCCCCAGCUCUACUCUCUUGCCUCCUCGGUCAAAUGCUCAGACUCCUUCCAGGACCUCAACUCCGAUCACCCAACCUGGCUCACUUGAUGCCAUGUUGAAAACCAAUGCGGCCUCACCUUCUACCACAACCACAGGUUCUCCUUUGCCACUUUAUGGUCCAAAGUAUCUCUAUCGAAGCGAUUCCGGAAACCUUGCUAUAGAACCCAGGAUCCAAGGUCUGAGUUCCGAAGUCGGCAUGUCCGCAUAUCUAAUGUCUCAGUGCAUUCGCCAGUAUUUCAGGCAUUUAUACCCUAUUCGGCCCAUGAUCCACGAAUCUUCAUUCCACCAAAGGAUGCAGUCGAAUGAGGACCUGUCCAACGAAGAGAAGAUCCUCAUCCUCUCACUUUGUGCCAUGACAGUCCUGCAUGCUGCCCCACAAUCAGACUUAUCUAUGGAGAAGAAAUGGCAACUUGGUACACAAUUCCUCAACAUAUGUUUCUUCCUGAGAAGCAACGCCGAUUGGGCCGAAAGUGCCACGUUGUUGUCGGUCCAAGCAAGCUAUCAUAUAUGUGUCGCCCUGUUCGAGCUCAAAAAACCACGUGCCCAUCACUUCUAUAUUCGCGAAGCUAUUGGCAUGGCUAUCGAUCAAGGGCUUCAUUUGGAUAGCACCUACAUCAAUAUGGACGACAUUCAAUCAAUUUGCGCACGACGCACUUUUGCUAUUCUCUUUAUCACUGAACGUGGCCUGGCCAUCCUGCGGAAUAAACCAACCUUGAUCACUCAGAUUCCACCCCUUACAACGGAAUAUUUCGAUGAGCAAGACGGUCUCGUGCUAGCUGGAUUUUCCGCUCUGGUGAACCUCUUCUCCAUUCUAGACGACAAAUUCGUCAAGCUUUGGAACAGCAAUUCUGCCGACGUGUGUGAUGAACCGAUCGACAACGUAGCCAUACUGCAGCAUAAUCUGAACGAAACUACCUUUGACCACUUUGCCAUGACUGACAUCCAGAAAGCCGAUGUCCUCAUCACCCAUCAAUGGUUGCGCCUUAUCUUCUGGCAAGCUUCAAUGCGUCAAGGUCUCAUCUCUUAUAGUGCGGCUGAUCCUAUCUUCUCAUCCUCUUAUCCCAUCACGAUAGCCAAAGACCUCUGCACAUUCAUUACGGCCCAUCAACUCAGCUACGACUCUAUACUCGUGCAUGGCUUAGGCAUCUUCGAGAAGCUGUUUGAGAUAGCCUAUACUCUGAUGGAUGCUCUGACAAUCUCAAAUUUCAAUUGGUCCGACUCUUUGGAGUUGAAGUAUCUCUUUGAUGUGUUAGCUGCUAGUCCUAAUAGUCAGAGCACUUAUGUUAAAAUGCUCACGACGAAGAUUGAAAGCGAGAGGAGUCAGGCCAACAGCCCUCACGGAGCAACUGGUUAA